AUGGGUGCAGACAGAGCUUGGUUCGGCUCGAUCCGCAUCAGAGACGGGGGGAAUGCGGGGGAGGUGGGGAUGGGGAGAGGCGGGACUCUGCUCCGUGGGCUCAAGCUGGAGGAGGACAAGAACCAGUUGUCCAGGGGCUUAGACCCUUGGAACAACCCUACGGGCGCCACCAGCACCUUGCACUACCUGCUCCAGGAGAAGGAGAGAGCGCAGGCGCAGGAGCAGCUCCAGAUCUACCACCACCACCAGCAGCAAGCUGCAUCAGCUGGGUUCACCAGCUUCCUCCAGCAGCACCAACAACACCGGAGGCAGCAUCAGGCAGCCACCAAGGGAGGAUCAGGGGAUGGCAGCAGGAGCAGCGGCGAAUCGACGCCCGUGGCCGUGGACGCCGCCCAGCUCGUGGCCGCGGCAACGGCAUUCGGGAGCGGCCGCAUCGUGCGGUCGGCCGCCGGGCGCAAGGACCGGCACAGCAAGGUGUGCACGGCGCGCGGGCUGCGCGACCGCCGCGUCCGCCUGGCCGCGCACACGGCCAUCCGCUUCUACGACGUGCAGGACCGCCUCGGCUACGACCGCCCCAGCAAGGCCGUCGACUGGCUCAUCCGCAACGCCAAGGCCGCCAUCGAGGAGCUCCCCGACCGCCCGGACGAAGGGGUGGCGCCGCCCGCCGAGCCGGCCCACGAGCAGACGUCCACCGAGCAGCAGGUGACCUCCACGUCGUCCUACGGCUUCGGCAACAACAACCCCGGUCCCGGCGCCAUGAGUACCAGCUCCUUCCUUCAUUCUCUCGGCGGGGGCGCAGCAGACCAAGUCUCCGACAACGUCAAGUCAUUGUUUCCCUCCUCGUCCAACGCCAACGAAGAGUACGGCCGGGGCUCCCCACCGGACCUCCUGUCGCGCACGACCAGCAGCCAGCCGUCGCCGCAGGAGCUAUGCCUCACCCUCCAGUCCAACAAUAACAACAUCUUUGGCCAUGACGGCCAUCACGGCGUGAAUGUGAUGUCUAAUGCAGGAGGCGUUCCAGGUUGGCCGGACCACGUCCAGAGAAUGCCGCCAUGGCAUCAGCAUGCCUCGGAAAACAACGGCGCCGGAGAGCAGGGCGGCCGUGGCGACGGCGGCGGCUACAUGUUUGGCAUGCCGCCGCCACGGCAAGGGGCGCUGGACCAGAGCGGCCAGCUCUUCUCGUCCCAUGGGGAACCCCUUCAGUCCAGUGGCGGAGGCGGCGGCUGGGCCGCGUCGGCUCGCGCUUGGCUAGACCCUCUCGCCGCAAUCGGCAGCCAGCCAACGGCACUGUCUGGGCCGCAUCUCGGGCUCAGCCACCUUGUUGCCGGAGGCGGCGGGUUUAUGGGGUUCCUCGCUCCCGCGGCUCAGCGGCUCCAUCUCCAGGGCGACGAGGAGCAAGGAAGUGAAGUGAUGAGAAGGGACUGACACGAACUGGUGCAUGACGUGUGUAAGCUUAAUUUCCUUUUAACACACUUCAUUGUUCCGGUGAUCAGUUGCACUAGUAUGUCAUUUCAUGUAGGGGUUUGGGCGAUAUCAGAUUCCUUCAUUAGCUACUAAGUAUAUUAAUUCAUGCGUCGUGUAUAACUAUAAGCUUAAUUAAUUGAGUACACGCGCGUUCCCUUGGAACUAGACAGCUACUGUUGCAUUAGUUGCUUGGCCAAGUUUUUCCCCGUUUAUUUAUUCUCAGCAUGGACAAGACAUGUGUGAUGUGAUGAAAUGAUCUGAUGAUCUUGAUGGUUUC